UCGGGGCUCUGCAACCCGGCGCUGAAUGGAGACAACAGAAGCAAUCUGUAUCCAGGGAUUCCGGAGAGGCUGCGGGAAAUCAGCAGAUUUCUCUAUCGUGCGGCGUUUAUUACAUGUGGGCGGCGCCUAUCAGCAGACAGCCGGCGUUUCUCCACAGUCCACAGCGGCAGUGAUGGGGUUUGGAGCGGUUGUUCCCCGGGAGCACGGCAUCAUCCCACAGCUAAAUACCCUCAGGUCCCUCGCAGUCUGUGUCUGGGUGAUGACUGUCGGAUCUGUUCUUGGUCAGCAUGGCACCUGCCGUUUCACUCCAGACACCAGCUCCCUCAGCUGCCCCUGUUUUCCGACUGCUGCACAGAGCCUGCACCUUCACGACAAAGGAGGACCCUUCAGAGAUGUCUGCACCAGGGGGGAGGGGAACAGACUCUGCUGUCAAAACACCAGCCAGGCCAGAGCGGAUGCUGACCAUGUUAUCCUGAACUACAGCUGGGUUAUCCCCCGCACCAUCUACUGUGAGAUCGGCUUCGGCACGUCAGGUGUGGAGUGUCCCAGGACAGAGCCCCCCAAGACAGAGGGGUGGGACACUACUAUGAAGAUAGUAAUUCCAGUGAUGUUGGGAGUUGGCGUGCCUGUUGCCCUGGUUCUCAUUCUGUGGAGACAACGUCAGGAAAUGUGUCGGAGAAUGUUGGUCUAGAUGGAGAUGCGCAGGAUGCGAACGCACAGGGAGAUCCCACCAUCGGCAGUGUCGAUACCUGAAGCAGCACAUCCUUCAGGUCUCCCCUCAGCCUCCAAAGCUCCAGAGGAAUCUGCUCCAACCCGUCCAAUCACUCCACAUGACUAAAUUGACCAUAUUACACAACUUUCCCUGAAAUGGUCUCCACUUUAUUUAACUCUGACUGGUCGUAUUGAUGCUGUUAAGAUGUUUAUACUGCCAAAAUUGUUGUCACAUGUACCUUGACACAGUGAAAAGCUGUUGCUUGCCAUCCAGACAGAUCAUUCCUUACCUAAGUAAUUGAAAAGGCAAAACAGAAUGUAGAAUAUAGUGUUAGAGUUACAGAGAGAACACAGGUGGAUAGAUAAGACGCAAGGUCCACGAGAGGUAGAUUGUUCAGGAGAUCAAGAGUUCAUCUUUCUCUAUGUUAUGGUCUUACAAAGCAGGAUAGAAUUUGUUCUUGAGAUUGGUGGUGUGCUUUCAGGGUUUGUAUCUUCUGCCCAAUGGGAAAGGGGAGAAGAGAGAAUGUCCAGGGUGGGAGGGCUCUUUGAUUUUGCUGGCUACUUUACCGAGGCAGCGUGAAGUGUGGACAGAGUCUAUGAAAUGAAGGUUGGCUUGUAGGGUGUGUUGAGUGGUGCCCACUGCUCUCUACAGUUUCUUGUCAUCACGGGCGGUGCAGUUGCCAUACCAAGACAUGAUGCACCUGAAUAGGAUGUUAUCUAUUGUGCAUUGAUUGGCGAGUGUCAAUGGAGACGUCUUUAGCCUUCUGAGGAAGUAGAGACAUCAGUGUGUUUUCUAGACCAUUGAGUGUUUAUGAUUACACCAGAACAAAUUGUUGGUGAUGUUCACUCCUGGGAACUUGAAGCUCUCAAGUACUUCCACAUUAGGAAGGGAGGAGAAGAUGGUGGCGCGACGCAGCUCGCAGUGGCCACUCCGGUGGAUGAUAUCUGUUAUUUGUCAAGUAGGGUGCCGUGCACAAUCCUCAUUUGAUGGAGACAGACGUGAAAGCAUGGAGGAACAUCUGGUGAAACUUCUGAAAUGCCUGUUUCGCCACCGCUGCUACUGUGUGAUCCAGAAUCUCCAGAGGAGAAGACCCCGGGUCCUUGGCAUUGCUUGUUGCUCGGCGGCCGGGACGGGGUCGAAGCGCUCGGCAGAGAUGGUGCUCGGUGUCAGAGGCUUGAAGUUUUCAGACGGACUCAGCGUUGGCUGCAGUUGGGUGCUUCCAAUGCAUCAGCGAGUUUGCGGCGCUUCCGUCUGCGUGAGAUGAUGGGGCUAUUGGGACUUGAGACAUUUUUUUUUACUGUGCCCAUGGUCUGCUCUUUAUCAAAUUACAGUAUUGCUUUGCACUGUUGUAACUAUAUGUUAUAAAUAUGUGGUUUUGUCAGUUAGUCU